CUCGCAAUGCCCAUUGUAGACAUUCACACACACAUCUAUCCGCCGAGCUAUGUCUCGCUCCUACGGUCUCGAACCACCGUCCCCUACGUCCGCACCUUCGAAGACGCACCGGAUUCUUCACGUCUGAUCAUUCUACCCGGCGAAGAUGAUCCCUCUACCCCAUCCACCUCUCGAGGACGGCCCAUCGGCCCAGAAUAUUACGACAUUGCGCAGAAAAUCGCAUUUAUGGACCAGCACAAGAUCGACAAGAGCGUGAUAAGUCUCGCGAACCCGUGGCUCGAUUUCUUGCCCAAAGAGGAGGCUGGUGAGGCAGCGAGGAAGAUCAACGACGACGUAGAUACGAUUUGUGCUGGAUAUCCGGGACGUUUGUACGCGUUCGCUACGUUACCGCUGAGCGCGGAUACCGCCACGAUAGUUAGCGAGAUCGAGAGGAUAAAAGGGCUGAAGCAUAUCCGUGGUGUCAUCAUGGGGACUUCGGGACUAGGUCAGGGGCUUGACGACCCGGAACUGGAUCCUGUGUAUGCUGCCCUGGAGAAGACCGAGCAGAUGAUUUUCUUGCAUCCGCACUACGGGCUCCCGGCCUCGGUAUAUGGCCCUAGGGGAAAUGAGUAUGGACACGUUCUGCCGCUGGCUUUGGGCUUCCCGCUCGAGACUACGAUUGCAGUGAGUCGCAUGCUGCUGAGUGGGGUGUGGGAUCGAUUUCAAAAACUCAAUGUGUUGCUCGCGCAUUCUGGAGGCACCUUGCCGUUCCUGGCGGGUCGGCUAGAGAGCUGUGUAAAGCAUGAUGGUCAUUUGAAGAAGGCGGGUAAGAUCGAGAACAGACGAGACGUCUGGGAUAUUCUCAAGACAAACAUCUAUUUGGAUGCGGUUAUCUACUCCGAAGUAGGGUUGAAGGCGGCGGUCAAUGCGUCUGGGGCUGAUCGUUUGAUGUUUGGAACUGACCACCCAUUCUUCCCACCGCUGGAAGAGAAUGCCGAGGAAUGGCACAGUGUGAACGCGAACUACACCGCCAUAUCAAGCACUUUCGGCGGAGAUGAUAAGGCAGCGCAGGACGUGUUAGGAAAUAAUGCGGUCCGGAUACUGAGAUUGGACUCAUGA